AUGAACAACAGUGAUCUUCGUGAGACGCAGAUUCGGUAUGAGCAAGAACGCGAGAAGCGUCUGCGAGCUGCGGGCCCUUCUCAAUAUGUUAAAUUGACCGAUAACGUUGAUUUGUACUCACAAAAACAUGCCGAGAUCGAUAACAAUUUACUUCAGCAGAAGCAUUUCCGAGUCACCAUAGUCGGUGCUGGUUUUGGAGGAUUGCUGUUUGCCGUGCGACUACUUCAAUCGGGAUUUGUUCGUCAAACGGAUAUCUUGCUGGUGGACACCGCUGGAGGCUUUGGAGGGACAUGGUGGUGGAAUCGGUAUCCCGGCUUGGCUUGUGAUAUCGAAAGCUACACCUACAUGCCCCUGCUGGAGGAGACCGAGUAUAUUCCCUCGCAGAAGUACGUGUCAGGCCCAGAACUGAAAGACCAUGCGAACCGAAUUGCGAAUAAAUGGAGCCUGAGUGACCGGGCAUUGUUCAACACGAAGGUCAAGGAGUUGACUUGGAAGGACCACGAUGGCCAGUGGAUAGUUGACAUCACUCCAUAUGGACAGCCAGCUACUACACUGACAUCGGACUUUGUUAUCAUGGCAACUGGGUUACUUGAUUCCGCGAAAGUACCAAAGUUGGAGGGCCAUCAGACAUACAAGGGGAGGGUGUUCCACACCUCCCGAUGGGACUAUGAUUACACCGGCGGGAGCCCGACUGACCCCACGAUGCACAAACUACAAGAUAAGACUAUUGCAUUUGUUGGAACUGGUGCAUCUGCUGUCCAAGCCAUCCCACAUCUUUCCCUGUGGGCAAAGAAGGUGGUUGUCUUCCAGCGAACACCGUCUGCUGUGAGUGCACGAGACAAUUCCUCAACCGAUCUCGCCUGGUGGGGGAAGAUGACCCAAACCGAAGGCCCUGGAUGGCAAAGAAAGCGCAUGGAGAAUUUCAAUGCGUUUGUCUCGAACGAGCACCCCCUGCCAGAGGUGGACUUUGUCGACGACGGAUGGACCAAGAUGCAGUCCUUGAGCGUCUUGGUCGGAGGGCCUACUGGUCUUGAACUAGACCAUAUGGCGCGGAUGCAUCAAUUGGACUUCCCUCGCCAGGAGGCGGUCCGCCGUCGUGUGCAAAUGACAGUCACAGAUCCCAAUACCGCUCGAGCUCUGCAGCCGUGGUAUCCGGCAUGGUGUAAGCGACCGUGUUUCAGUGACACCUUUCUCCCGACAUUCAAUCGACCCAAUGUCCUACUGGUGGACACCAACGGAAAGGGAAUUCGCACAAUGACCGAACGAGGCAUCCGGUUUGAGGAUGAGGAGUAUGAGCUGGACGGGAUCAUUUUCGCGACUGGCUACUCGCUCGGGGGUAGUGCUGAUCUCGGGGAGCUGACCGUCACCGGACGUGGGAACAAAACCCUACAGGAGAAACAGCGGACUGGAUUGAGUUCACUUCAUGGAGUCAUGACGCGUGAUUUUCCGAAUUUGUUUUUCGCGGGUCCGUAUCAAGCGGGAGCUGCGGCAAACCAGGUCUAUACUCUCGAUCAGCUUGCCACUCACGUCGCUCACAUCAUUUCCGAAACCCAUAAGUCGAUCUUGGAGUCGCGGGGCCCUGCAGUCACCAGUGCUAGGUUUAUCGUUGAACCUAGCUCCGAGUUAGAACAAGAAUGGUCUCUCAAGGUCUUGAUGAGAGCGCCGGCCCUGGGAGGGAUACUAAACUGUACGCCAGGGUAUUAUAACCGGGAGGGACUUGCAUUGAGCGAGGAGGUAGCGUUGCUUGCCGCACGAUUCAGCAUAUGGGGAGAGGGGAUCCGAAGUUUUGUCAAAGAGAUUGAAGAUUGGCGACAGACUGGGCUGGCUGGUCUUGAUAUCCAGCCACGAGAGUCUACCUAG